AUGGCUUCCAACACGGGCAAGGCCGGAGUAAUCAUCGCCCCAGACGAUGUUGGCAGCAUGGACAAGCUUGCACACGCCGUUCUCGACGACCUCGUGUACAACAUCGUCCAUGAUCUGCUGCUCAAGGUCCACCGUGACGAGAAAAUGGCAAGAGCGUCCACUGCCGCCAUUCGCGUUGAGAAGCUGGCUUCCGAUGCCUCAGAGACCUCCACCCCCGACUCGAAACCCGACGUGCGCAUCGAGACCGACGCCGCGAUAUACGAGGACGGCAAAGUCCUCCUCAAGGGCAAUCCACUCAAGACUACCACCGAGAUCAUCUGUCCGCGAUGCCACUUGCCACGCUUGCUCUACCCGACCGACGGCAAGGGCGCGAGAAAGCCCGACCCAAGCGUCAUCUACUGCAAGAAGCACCCCUACAUCGACAAGCCCGGAUUCGACAUCUACGGUCAAACGUGGGUUCAGCCAGGCCCCGGUCGAGGCAAGAAGAAGAAGGACAUGAAACCCGAUCCGAACCUCGAGUCGCCUGCACCCGGCGAAACGCGCCCGCCCAACGUCCUCUCGUUCCCUUCCGCAACCUGCAGCAAGUGCAAACGAUGCAUUCUCGUCACCCGACUCAACAAUCACAUGGGCUCUUGCAUUGGAAUGAGCGGUCGUAAUGCGAGCCGCGCGGCGGCGGCCAAGAUCUCAAACGGCAGCAACGGUGCUAGCCAGAACGACGGGACGCCCCCGUCAAGCCAGAAGGCCACUCCGGCACCUGCGUCACGAGCCUCGAGCCCCAAGAAGCGCGACAGCGAGGAGGUGGCGGUCCCCGACGACGACGACGAGUCAGCCGACAGUCACAAGAAGAAGAAGCUCAAAUCGACACCCUUGAUGACGAAGAAGGUCAUCCUCAAGACAAAGGGACCCAAGAAGGAAAAGGUCAAAACGAGCUCCCUGCUGAGCCGCGAAGCAAAGCCUGACGUGGGCGACAACUCGACCGUUGAGGUUGCGCCGAAGAAGGAGAGAAAGGAGGCCAAAGGCAUCAGCCCGACUAAGAAGCUCAAGCUCGGUGCUGCGAAGCCGCCGUUGUCUUCGCCGCUAUCCAAGAACGGUCGGAACGAAGACGCGGAAUCCGAGUCGUCUGGCACGUUGUCGUCGCCGCCAAACUAG